CAUAUAAUGUAGCGCAUUCGAAAUCUUGCGCUACCAACUCCAAGUUCCGAUUAUCAAAAAGUACUUCACUUUUCUUCUGGUAAUUCAAAUUACAAACAUUUCUGAAUACACAAAAUUCAUGUAAAAAAUAUGGUAAUGGCAACAGUAAAAGAGGAUUCUGUUGAUAAUUCUGGAGUUAAUGAAAAAUCAUCUGAAGAUCAAAUACCAACAGCUGAAGAAAUCAAUGAUGACGCGCAUAAUGAUCACGAUGAACAUGAUGAUGGUGAGGAGGAGGAUGUGGAUGAGGAAGAACAUGAAUUUCUACUUAAACAACUUUGGGGUAAAGAAAUAGCUAAUUAUUUUUUGAAUCCAAAUUUUCAAAAAUCAUCAUCAAAAACUCAAACUAUAUCAACGGAAUCAACGGAACGUUUACUUGGCGGUUAUCCAAAUGGUAUGUUACAUGGUGCACGUAUACCAUUUCAUCCUGAAUUGAAACCAUGGUUAUUUGAUGAUAUAAAACCCAGUCUUGCCGAUUCUACUGAUGAUGGUGUUAUGAAGAGGAAGAGGAAGAAGAUGAAGAAACAAUCAAGACGACGUCAUUCACUUCCUCCAUCGCUGAAAGACACCAACAAAUUUGAUUUGAUUGAUCUAUUACGACAUCAUAUGGGAGUAAAUUAUGGUGCACAACAUCUUUGGAAUUUGCUAAGAUAUAAAUCGUAUGAACAAUUGAAUAAUUUAGAAAAACAAUUAAUUCAAGCAAAACAAGAUACAUUCACUGCAUUCACACAUGAAUGUUUAUUAUGGCGUAAUAAGAAACCACCUCUGUGCGAUUUUAUUCGUGAGAAUCCGUCGAAAACAUUAAGUCAUGUUAUGAAUCAGUUGAAAGCACCAAGUACUGAAUUGAAAUUACGCAAACAUCAAUUAUCUGUUACAUGGGCUAAUCGAAAUCAAGAUCAAUUUCGUAUUUUAUCAUUUCAACAACAUUUAAAAGAUGCCAUUAAAUCAAUUGAACAAAAUAAUUUUGACAAUUUAUCAAUGCGAAGUAAACCGUAUUUAGCUGAGGAUGAUGAAACCAAUGCACAUUUAAAAAUCAGCAAUCAAAAAGCUCAUGAAUUAUUGUCUUUGCGACCAGAAUUGAAAACGAAACAAAAUGAAACAUUUAUCGGUAAAGAUCUUCAACACUUAGAGAAUUAUUUUCCAGAUUAUUCCCAAAUAAAAGAUUCUGUCCAGAAACAAUUCAAACCAUCUAAUCUUGAAUUGGAUACAACAAAUUCAACAAAGACAUUUAAUCAUUUAUCAUUUUGGAAUACAGGUCAACCAAUGAAACUGACGAAUAAAACUGAAAUCAAGUAUCAACUGAAUGACACUAAACCAGUGAAAAAACCUUUCCAUCAAUCAAAGUUAUUUUUAAGACAACAACCAACGCUAAAUGCUCCUAUGUCAAUCAUGUCUACUAUCAUGGAUACGAAAUUACAACCAUUAUGUUGGUCGGAUUUGCUGGCAAAAUAUGCACACAAAACUUAUACUACUACUGAUAAUACUAAUACUACUGAUGAAUUACUAUUCACAGCAUCGUCAUUGACCAAUAAAAAUUCCAUAGAUGAUGAUUCAAUGAUUCAAUCUAGUAGUUUUACAAAGAAACCAUUAUGGCAACCAGCUGAAGCGAUUGUAUCAUGA